GCGGAGCUCCGGUCAUUUCCCGGGCCUCUCCUGGGCUAGGACUGCGUCCGUGGUCUUUCCUCUUCUGCCCUCAAUCUCGAUAUGAGCCCUGCCUUGGAUAGAUGCUGCUGAAUCCAUAAGAAAUGCCACUGCCACUACCACCCCAGCGCUCCAGACGUGAGACUAAGAAAUCUCAGUCCAGCAAAAUUGUGCCCAGUGAUCAUGGCCCAUCUGAAAAGAGAGAGGAGAAUUACCAAGCAAAGAUAUCUCCAUCUUCACCUCAGGGACCACUCAAAAAGAGGUCAGCUUUUGAAGAUCUCACCAACGCUUCUCAAAGUCAACCUGCCAAGCCCAAGAAGGAAGCCAGUAAUGAGUUUGUUAAAGAUGUUUCCAAGAAGAUAAACAGGAACACACCUGCUCGUGGGUGAGCCAAAAAUGUACAUUGUUUCCUUUACAGGUAUAAGCUAGAACUCUCACCAGUAGUAGUGUCAACCACCAUGGUACCAAAUAUUAUAGAUAAGCCGCUCAUUCUGGAGAUACCUACCAGCUCCAAGACACCCACUACUGAGGAGGCAUCUCUUUUCAAAAAGCCAUUCAUUUUAAAAGAGGAACCCACUACUGAGGAUACAAUCCUCAUCAAGAGGUCAUUAAAGAAGAGCACAAAUCAGGGGAAGGUGUCCCUCUUGGAGAAGCCACUAUCCUUGCAGGAGGAGACUGACAGUGAUGUUGUAGAGCCAAUGACUUUUGGGAAGAAACAUAAAACUGAGAAGGCAGCCAUCAACAAGGGUACAUUAUCUUUAAAGAAUAUGUGCACACAUCAGGGGAAGCAGUCCUGCAUGAGGGAGGAGUUGGCCUUGCAGGACACCAAUGUUGAAGAGGAUUCUUUCUUUAUGGAGCCCAUGAACUUUAGGAAGAAGCCUAAAACUGAGGAGGCAACCCCCACCAAGAAGCUCUUAUCUUUAAAGAAAAAGUGUACCACUCAGGGGAAGGUGUCCUGUAUGAAGAAGCCACUAGUAUUGCAGAAGAUCACCUCUGAAGAGAAGUCACUCGCUAAGGAGCUGUUGUCUUUUAAGAGAAAGCCUACCACUGAGAAGGAGUGCCUUUUCCAGGAACUAUCUGCAUUGCCAAAGAAGCACACCACUGAACAAGAGGUGUCCAUCUUGAAGAAAUCAUUGGCCUUGCAGGAGAAGAUCAACACUGAAGAGGAUUCCAUCUUUAAGGAAUCAUUGGCUUUUAAGAAACAACCUACCACAACGGAGACAACCCUCACCACAAGGCCAUUAUCUUUAAAGAAGUGCACUACUCAGGGGAAGAUAGCCCACUUGAAGAAGCCAUUAGUAUUGCAGAAGACCAUCUCUGGAGAGAAGGCACUCAUUAAGGAGUCAUUGUCCUUUAAAAAGAAGCCUACCACUAAGGAGGAGUCCCUCUUCCAGGAGCUAUCUGUGUCGCAAGAGAAGCACACCACUGAUGGGGUGGUUACCCUUUUGAAGAAGCCAGGGGCAUUGCAGGAGAAAAAGGAUGGUGAAGAUGAAUUUCUUAUGGAGCCAAUUUCCUUGAGGAAGAAGCAUACUACUAAGGAGGCAACCCUUUCCAAGAAGCCAUUACCUUUAAAGAAGAAGCGUACCACUCGGGGGAAGAGGUACCACUUGAAGAAGCCACUAGUAUUACAGAAGACCACCUCUGAAGAGAAGUCACUCAUUAAGGAGCCGUUAUCCCUUAAGAAGAAGCCUACCACUAAGGAGGCCCUUUUCCAAGAGCCAUCAGCAUUGCAGGAGAAGCACACCACUCAGGAGGAGGUGUCCAUCUUGGAGAAGCCGUUGGUCUUGCAAAAGACGCCAACUGAGGAGGAGUCCCUUUUAAAGGAGACUUUGGCUUUUAACAAGAAGCGUACCAUUGAGGAGGCAACCUCCUCUAGUAAGCUGUUAUCUUUAAAGAAGAAGUGUACCAGUCAGGGUAAGAUGUCCUGUUUGACCAAGCCACUACCAUUAUCCUUUAAAAAAAAGCCUGCCACUGAGGAGGAGUCCCUCUUGAAGAAACCAUCUGCACUGCAAGAGAAGCACACCAUUCAGGGGGAUUUGGCCCUCUUGAAGAAGCUAUGGGCAUUGCAGGAGAGUAUAGACAGUAAAGAUGAAUUUCUUAUGGAGCCAGUGUCAUUUAGGAAGAAACAUACCACAGAUGUGGCAGUCUCUACCUAGGAGUCAUUAUCUAUAAAGAAGAAAAAGUGUACCACUCAAAUGAUGAUGCCUAUCUUCCAAGAACAGUUGGACUUGCAGAAUAUGAUUGGUGAAGGUAAGGACUCCUCCUUUAUGGAGCCAAUGUCAUUUAGGAAGAAGUCUUCAACUGAUGAGGCAAUUCUUACCAAGACACCGGUAUCUUUAAAAAAGAGGCAAAUCACUCAGGGGAAGACGUUCCUCUUAAAGAAGCCACUGGUCAUAGAGAAGACUACCUCUGAAGAGGAGUCACUCUUUAAGGAGCUGUUGCCCUUUAAAAAGAAGUCUACAAUUGAAGAGGAGUUCCUCUUCCAGGAUCCAUCUGUACUGAAAGAGAGACACACCACUCUGCAAGAGGUGUCCCUCUCAAAGAAGCCAUUGGCCUUGCAGGAGAAUAUCACCACUGAAGAAGAAUCAUAUAUUAAGGAGCAAUUGACCCUGGAGGAGAGGUCUACCACUGAGGAGGAAUUCCCCUUUCAGGAGCCAUUUUCAUUGCAUGUUAAACCUACCAACAAAGAUGAGUCCCUCUUCAGGAAGUCUUUUGCCUUGCAGAAGAAGACUGAUAACAAAGAGGACUCCUUGAAGGCACUGUUGACUUUGCAGGAGAAAAGCACCACUGAAGAGGAAUUCCUUUUCAAGAAACCAUUGGUUCUGAAGGAAGAGCUCUCCACUGAGGUGACAGUGAGCAUAGAGGGGCAAUUAUCUUUAAAGAAGAAGCCCACUGCUCAGGGGGAGGUGUUCCUCUUGAAAAAGCAGUUGGCCUUGCAAGAAAACAUCACCAGUGAAGAGGAGUCCCUUAUUAAGCAGCCACAGGCCUUGCAGGAGAAGCCCAGCAUUGAAAAGGAGACCAUCCUGAGGGAGUCCUUGACCUUGCAGGAGAAUCUCACAAUUUAGGAGGAGGCUAUCCUGAAGGAGCCCCUGGCCUUGCAGGAGAAUCCCAGCAUUGAGAAGGAAAUCAUCUUGAGGGAGUCCUUGACCUUGCAGGAGAAGCCCACGAGUGAGAAAGAGACCCUCUUCAAGGAGCCCUUGGCCUUGCAGGAGAAUCCCACAAUUGAGGAGGAGGCUAUCCUGAAGGAGCCCUUGGCCUUGCAGGAGAAGCCCAGCAGUGAGAAAGACUUGUCUUCCAAGGAGCCAUUGGCCUUGCAAAAGAAUCUCACUCACAAAGAAGACACAUUUCUCAAAGAUUUCAUCAUCCUCCAAGUUGAAACCAGCCCCCAUGUGUCCACCACUGCCCCUGACUCUAGAACAGGCUUGUCCAGCACUGUCACCAUGUCCAGUGUGGGCAGGUUCAGUACCACAAGCCAGUCCAGUACUUGUGAAUCCAGUUCCAAUAAACCUUUCUCAUCUCAGGACAAGAGAUCAGAGAAGGAGAUGACACCACUGGAGGAUAUUGACAAGGACCACAAUGAUCCAUUUUUCAACUCAAUAUAUAUUAAGGAUAUCUUCAGUUACAUGAAGGAGAGAGAGGAAAAGUUCAUACUUAAAAAAUACAUGACCAGGCAGACUGAUAUCAACAGUGACAUGAGGGCCAUUCUCGUGGACUGGUUGGUGGAAGUGCAGGUCAUAGAACACUUUGGAGAGCAAGUCAGAAAGCCUAAAAUGGGAGAGUCUCAAAAUAGGGCAGAGAGGAGUAUCAAGAGCCAGGGAGAUACUCCCAGCCUGCUCUACAGCAUGACCCUAGGCCAAGAGCCAGCCUGA